UAGUCGCAGCAGUAGGGCAUCGAUGUGAAGUUGUAGCGGUUUAGCGAUUCGCCGAGUUACCCAUUCCGCGAGUUAUCCACGCAACUGCGGUCACAACAGAGUGUUUGAGCUCCGUCCUGAUAGUUCAUGCUCGCCGGUCCGUGAAACUACCAAAAACAAAAAAAAAGAAUAAUAAAAAAAAUCGUCUCAAUUGAAUUUAAUCGGACCGUACUAAAAAAAAAGAAACUUAUUACUGUUAUUGUUGCGAUAAUUUCGAACCGAAGAAAAUUAAAUUAAAUCCAAACCUAUUGUGUAAUGGCGUUUUUGAGAUCGUCUAUUCAGUGUAAUAAUUUACUAAGAAAGUUCGGCAUAAUACCAAACAGUUUGCAAUCGUUGUCGACACCGUGUGCGUCUCAUAUACAUGGAAUAAAUACAGAUUCUUCAAAAAGUCAACAUGUUGCAAGCCCAGCUCAAGCCCAUGUACAGAAAGACCCUUUGGACAUAUCAUUCAACGAUCACGUUGCAGCCUUCAAAAGUAAAAAGACAAGUGAGCUCGUUCGGGCUUACAUCGUCUAUGCACUAUGCACCUCAGAAUAUCUUGUGGAAAAUAAUAUGAAGCUAAUGAAAAUAUCCAAGGCGAUCUUAGGCGAGAAGCUGUUCACAGCCAUAAUGAAGCUCUCGUUCUAUGGCCAUUUCGUCGCCGGAGAAGACAGAUAUAAGAUUGUCCCAACUCUCGAGAGACUGCGAUCGUUCGGUGUCAAGCCAAUCCUUGAUUACUCCGUUGAAGAAGAUCUCACCCAGGAGGAGGCGGAGAAGCGUGAAGUCGAGUCAUCGCGAUCUACCCAAGGCUCUGCUCCCACAGCUCCCGAACCUGGCAAUAAAUCCAUGCCCCAGUACCAGGUCGACAAGACGUUCGCGGACCGGCGAUACAAAGUGCAGAGCGCUAGAACUUACUUCUACUUGAACGAAGCUACUUGCGAAAGGAAUAUGGAAACAUUCAUUCAAUGCCUGGAAGCCGUCUCAGGAGCUACUUUUGGAACUGGCAUCACUGCUAUUAAGUUAACUGCCUUGGGACGUCCUCAAUUACUGCUGCAACUGUCUGAAGUAAUUAUGAGAACUCGUCAAUAUAUGGAAGAAUUAGGUAGUGGGAAGGGUAACGUAUUGAAUCAUCAUAAAACGAUUAAAGAUUUAGAGCAAUACUUCAGCAGCAUGGGCGAUAACAAGGAUGUGAAACAAUUCUUGCAAAAAGUCACAUCUGAUAAAGAAGGUAUUCUUCACUUGUUCCCGUGGUCUGGUAUUGUUGAUGAGAACCGCGAACUCUCCGAUACGUUCCGAGUACCCGACCCUAAAACUGGUCAGAUGAGGAGGCUGAUUUCGCAAAUUCCACCUAAAGAAGAAGAAAUGUUCAGAAAUAUGAUUCGACGAUUGAACACAUUAGUAAAGACUGCUCAAGACAUGGACGUCCGCAUAAUGAUUGAUGCGGAACAAACUUACUUCCAGCCUGCGAUUUCCCGGAUAACGCUCGAAAUGAUGAGAAAAUAUAAUAAGGAAAAGGCUAUAGUUUUCAACACAUACCAGUGCUACUUGAAGGAAACCUUCAAUGAAGUCACGACGGAUUUAGAACAAGCCAAGAGACAAAACUUUUACUUCGGCGCGAAAUUAGUGCGUGGUGCCUAUAUUGAACAGGAACGCGCAAGGGCGGCUGCUUUAGGAUAUCCUGAUCCUACGAAUCCGACAUUUGAAGCAACAUCAGAGAUGUAUCAUAAGACACUUACCGAAUGCUUGCGUCGAAUCAAGGUUUUAAAAGACGCUGGCCAAGAAAAGAAAAUAGGUAUUAUGGUUGCAUCUCACAAUGAAGAUACUGUUCGAUUCGCUAUAGAGCAAAUGAAGAACAUUGGAAUUUCACCUGAAGAUAAAGUGAUAUGUUUCGGACAAUUGCUGGCUAUGUGUGAUUACAUUACUUUCCCGUUAGGUCAAUCAGGGUAUUCAGCAUAUAAAUACAUACCCUACGGUCCAGUCAACGAGGUACUGCCAUACUUAUCCCGACGCGCACAAGAAAAUAAGGGUGUUUUACAGAAAAUUCAAAAAGAAAAAAGAUUAUUGCGCAGAGAACUGUUUAGACGUUUGUUCUCAGGUCAAUUGUUUUAUAAGCCGAAAGGUAACUACGUACCUGUCUAAAAAUUACACAGCUAGGAUUAUUUUAAGUGGAGAUUUAAUUAAAUUCAGAUAAACUGAACUAAUGAAACAAAUACAUUAUAUACGCAACUUAUUUAUAUUCU